AUGUUAACCCAGUUCAAGACCGGGCACCUCAAACCAAAGAACAUCCUUGACCUCUCAGUCACCCUGUCAACCGACCAAACUCCAACCACAUACAAUCAGGCCAGCAAAUCUCCGAUUUGGAGAAAAGCUAUGUCUAAUGAGCUUGCUGCCCUUCUAAAACAACAAACCUGGACACUCGUCCAGCCCCCACCAGAUGCCCCUGUUCUAGGUUGCCGCUGGACUUACAAAACCAAACUCAAUUCAGCAGGUCAGCCUCUCACCCACAAAGCUCGUCUUGUGGCCCAAGGUUUCUCCCAGGAGCACGGCAUCAACUAUACCGAAACCUUUAGCCCUGUGGCAAAAAUCACCACCAUCCGUCUUUUGCUCGUGCUGGCUCUUCAACGGCAAUGA